GAUCUGCUCGUUACUGAAGAUCCCGGAUUGUCACCUGUCCGUAUGUUAGCAAACAUUUGUUUCUCAUUAUCACCUGUUUUCAGUUAACAGGUUAAAAUGUACCGACGGUGCAGUAGUUCUCAGAUUACCUAAUAAAAUGGCAAUAAAUUAAAGUUUAAAUGUAUUAUUCUGCAACAAUGCUGCCAAUUUCAGCUGUUUGUGGAGGAAUAUACAGAGCUGCGAUCCGCACACUUACAAGAGACAUCACUCUGUAUCGCUGUCUAUCCUCUGGAGGCAGAGUUCUGGCUGGACUAGCGGAUGCUGACACCAUCUUCGCCUUGUCAUCAGGUCAUGGCAGGUGUGGGGUAGCAGUGGUCCGCAUCAGUGGUUCUGCUGCAGCCACAGCAUUAAGAUGUAUGGUUGGGCUCGGAAGUCAGCUGCCUCCUCCACGAACUGCACUGUUACGUAGCAUCACAGACCCCCACACUAAAGAAGUACUGGACCGCGGAUUGGUCCUCUGGUUCCCAGCUCCUCAUAGUUUCACUGGAGAAGACAGUGUGGAGUUUCACAUCCAUGGCGGUCCUGCUGUCAUUACUGCUGUCUUACAAGCUCUAGGAAGCGUGCCUGGCAUGAGGCCUGCUGACGCUGGGGAGUUCACACGGAGGGCUUUCCACGCAGGGAAGCUCGAUUUAACGGAGGUGGAAGGCCUCGGGGAUCUGAUCCAUGCCGAGACAGAGGCUCAGCGGAGACAAGCUCUCAGACAGAUGUCAGGAGAACUGGGUCGCCUCUAUCAGGACUGGAGCCACAGGCUGAAACGGACUUUAGCCCAUGUCGAAGCCUUUAUAGACUUCAGCGAGGAUGAGCUCAUCGAGGAAGGAGUUUUAGACCAAGUGGACAUCUCAGUGUGUGAUCUGCGAGCAGAGAUCGAGCAGCAUCUGAAGGAUGAGCGGCGAGGCGAGAGGCUUCGCAGCGGGGUCCAUGUGGUGAUCGCUGGUGCCACCAACGCGGGGAAAAGCAGCCUCCUCAACACACUCUGCCAGAGACCUGCAGCUAUUGUUUCUCCCAUUGCUGGGACCACCAGAGACGUAGUGGAGUCGGCGCUGAACAUCGGGGGCUUCCCUGUCCUGCUGAGCGACACGGCGGGCCUCAGAGACAGCACCGACCUGGUGGAGCAGGAGGGGGUCCGUCGGGCCAGGGAGAGGGUGCAGCAGGCUGAUCUGACUCUGCUGGUCGUUGACUCCACCAUCCUCCCCUCAGACGAGCAGGAAGCUACAGCGCUCCUGCUGGAGCACCUGAGGGGCGUCCUGUCCUCCCAGGACCAGCCUGGAGCAGGCAGGUGUGUCCUGGUGCUGAAUAAAACUGAUCUGCUACCUGAGGCUCACAGAGAGAAGCUGAAUCUGGGGCUGAGAAGAGUCUCUGGACUCCCACCUGUCUGCCUGAUUUCCUGUCAAACCAACGAAGGACUGAAGGAUUUUCUCACUGUGCUGCAAAGCAGCGUCAAAACAAUGUGUGGUGACCCUCUCUCCGGAGCGCCCACGCUGACCCAGGCCCGCCACAGGGCCCACCUGCAGCAGUGUGUGGCGGCGCUGGCUCAGUAUCGGCGGUACCGCGACUCCGACCUGGCUCUGGCAGCCGAGGGCGUCCGGUUAGCGCUCACCAGCCUGGGGAGGAUCACAGGACGAGUCGGGGCAGAGGAGAUCCUGGAUAUUAUCUUCAAAGACUUCUGCAUCGGAAAAUAAAGGCGCGAGAGUGAAAACGCAGAACACAGGUGCUCACGGCCCACUCAGGGAGGAAGGCUGUUUUCCCACAGAACCGUUUAGUGCCUGGAACGGCCUGGGCUCCGUGCCAUGCUUCAGGGUCCAAAUAAUCGGCUCGGCUCUGUGUUCUUGGCUGCUGACGUACCUCCGUUCCCAGGACAAAAAUAUUUUUUCUGGUGGCAUUUUUUUUUUUUUUUUUUUUUGAAGCAGCUGAAAUACUUUUAGGAUGAUGGCAGUGUCUCCGGGGCCCAAUAUACUGAACAAGUGUUUGGCACCGACUCAGUCAUCAUCUGAAAAACUUUUCCAAGGCUGAAUAUUGUCAUUCAGGGCAGCAGCACAAACAAAACAAAAUCAGCUGUGCCCUCGACAAGGUCAGCUGAGCAUGUGGAUGUCUACUUUUAUCAUUAAAAUUGAUAUUUUUCUUGUUUAUUCGUAAAUGUUUCUCUAUUUGAUGGUUGACAACUAUAAAGGAAGGCCCACAUGUUAAAACAAAUGCAGAAAAUAUCUGGCUAUCCUCUGUACAGGUUUUAGGGUUGCCUAGUCAAAGUUUGGACUAAUUGAGAGGCCCUGGCGUAAACUAAACACGCUUGAAAACCCUCCAGUGUGACUGAAUUUAUACGCAUUGAUGAACAUAAUUCACUGUGAGUCUCUAUAAAUAAAUUUUUUGCUGCCAAACGUAUAGGAAAUAACUUUUAAAUAGGACUAGGUUGAUUUGGGCAAACCUUUUUUGCAAUAAAAACUGAAAUCAUGAUUUGAAGUUCAGAUUAUGUUAUUUGUUUUGUGAUUUACAACAUUUCAACUCAACAAAUAAGCAAAACAGAAAGACUCUGUUAAAGGACCAAAUGUUGAAGUGAAACAUUUUAUCUUGGUUGAAGCAGGUAGAGGAGUAAAUUAUUUGUUAUACAUAUAUUUUGUUUUUAUUUGAAGUAACUGAAUUAUUUUCCUUCCUGACAUCUUCAGGCUUAGCUCUCUCACUGUAUUUACAAACAAAAACAGAAAAAUAUCUCAAUUGUAAUCAUUUGAAUCUGAGCAUUAAUGUGUGAUUGUAGUACUGCAGACAAUAACAUUGUGAUGACAUCUGUUUAUUGUUUACUAGAUCAAAUUCAAGCAUUUUAUCUUCUCAAUAUUACAUUACUUUUAAGGGGAUAUAAGUACAACGAGUUACAACAUUUAAUUUUCCUAUUGGAUUAACAAAUAAUUUUUGAAUUGAGUUUUAAAUUGAAGUGUAAGAUUGCAUUUAGCAUUUCGUUUUGUUUUUUUACUUCAGUUUCUACUCCAGUUCUGGAUGAAGGACAAUGUUUGAGUGUCCAUUGACCAGAUAAUUGCACAAAUUGGGAAGACAAAGAUACAUUUGUUUAAUGGAAACAGACCAAUUUAGAAAAUAUUGGUGUAUGAUGUAUAUCGCAAAACUGCAACAGAAACACUUUUUGAUGUUACAGAAGGCGGAAAAGACGCGAGAAAGUGAAAGUCGGAUGCUGACAUCCAUCUUAUCUUUUAAACAAACUUACUAACUUGUGGUUUUAUUUACAUUUUCUUAUUUAAUACAAGCACCACUAUUGCGGAAUUGUGUUUUUUCAACAUUAGCGCUAUAUCAAUACAGUUUUGGGCACAUUUGUAAUGGAGACGCAGGUAGCAAGGGGCAGCACUUCUCCCUUCAGUGGGAAAAGGGCGUUUUUGGAGGCGAUAAUCUCUGCACCCUUUGUUCGCCUGUCAAUCUGCCCUUGAUCAAAUAUUUAUGUUUCCUUGUUGAACUCCUCACCCUUCUUCCCCUGGUUUUUCUCUCCCUGUCUCUGACGACAUUUGGCCCGCUGCAGACCGGUGUAACUGAUGUUUCUACAUUUGUUUGACUCAGUCUGAGCUGGCGACUCUUCCUCUUGCCGCUUUGCUCUGUCAACUCUCUGAUUCUCUUUCAUGUUUUCUCUGAUUGAUGACAAAGCUGGAGGAGUUUGAGCUAAAAGUGGGAUUCGCUGUCCUUGUGAUUUGUGGUUAGAAAUUUUGGAGCUUUGUCUUUAAAUACUUUCGAUGUAAAUGUUUGCUGUGAAGGUAACACAACUCGACACAAUUUUGCUUCUUUGUUAUUGUUUUUUUGGAAAUAUCUGCACACAUUUAGCUCUGGCUAGAAAUGUCUAAAUUUUCAUGUUUUUCCGAGAAAGUCAUUAUUUUGUUGAUUUGGAUGCUUCAACCAAAAGUGACCCAAAAAAAAUUUAUUCAUCUUUCUUGCAAAGUAAUUAAGGAUUUUUGUCUAAACUGGCUGAUGUUUGCAUGAUGGCAUAUUAGGCCCUUUUUUUCUAGAAAAAAACUUGGCAAUUUCUGAGUUUGAAAAGUAGAACGUCUGGUUGAAAAAGCUUUAAUCUUUUUAAUCUGUUAUUUCCAAUUUUUUUUAAAUAAAAUUUGAUUCUGAUUGACAAAAAAGUCAAAUGGAUAAAUAAGGACUCAUAACAGGUAAAUAUUUCUUACAUAGUUUCACAUGGUUUCUGACUGAUGCCCGGUCCGGCCUGUAUCCCUGUGAAUCGGUGUGCAUGAGAGCAUCCGGGACUAUACAUGGAAUCACAAACACUUCAUGUUAAACAAAGGAUUUCCUGCCAACAGAAAGUAGACAGACUCACCUGUGGAUUUCACAUUAAUCAGAAAAGUGAGCCUGACAGAUUGUUUUCUAAUGAAAUAUGGAAAACAGAAAACGUUUUUCUCUCUCUGUCUCUUUGGCUUCUUUUCUGGUAACAAGUUCUGACUACAGGAAUUAGAUGAAGCCGAAAUAGUCAAGGAUCUCUGCCACCAACCACUGGAACAACAAAAUAAACUGACUUUUAAAUGUAUUGUAAGAAUAACAUGCUGAUUUCUAAUUAAUCUAAUUACACAAUAUUUAUUAAAAAUAAAAAAAUUGUCAUGUAAAUAUACCAGAUUUAGCCAGAGAGGCUAAUUUUCAUCUGUCGUCUCUUAGCAAGUUGAUGGAAGGGAUUAAAAAGUUACAAUAGCGACACUGAAAUCUAAAAGAAAAGUAAUUUACGGUAAACAUUUAUAAUAAAAAUAAGUCACAUCCAUAAGAAAAAAGGCAUGUAAAAACGUGAAUGGAUGUGAAGUAGUGA